AUGGCGGAUAGCUCGGGGCGUGGUGCUGGGAAGCCUUCUGCAGGGGGUCCCAGUACUCCUAGCGGUGCUAAGACGAGAGGAAGAAGACUACAAGGUGGAAGAGUGGUUGAGUCCCGGUACUUGCAGUAUGAGAAGAAAACCAUCAAAAAGGUAACAUACAAUGCUCCUGCAGCAGAUGCAUUAAAGGCCAGUGGGAAGAUGCCUGAAGGUGGAAGAAAACCCAACCCACUCCAGAAGAGCAAAGACAGCAGUGGAAUUGGCAAAGGCGACCUGCAGUCUACCUUGCUGGAAGGGCAUGGCACUGCCCCACCUGACCUGGAUCUCUCGGCCAUUAAUGACAGAAGUGUGGUCCGAAAGACUCCACAGUUAGAAAAAACAAUGUCAAAGAAAGCGGAGUCAUCAUCAUUUUCUGCCUCGAGGAAAAAGAGCCCAGAUCUCUCCGAAGCGAUGGAAAUGAUGGAAUCCCAAACACUACUCCUGACUCUGCUGACCUUGAAGAUGGAAAGUGGUCUUGCUGCAUUCGAAGAAAAGGCAGAAAAGAAUUUAUUAAUAAUGUGCAAAGAGAAGGAGAAGCUCCAGAAAAAAGCCCAUGAGCUGAAGCGCCAAUUUCUUCUCUGUCAGAGGAAGCGGGAGCUGGCAGGCGUCCUGGACGCGCAGAUCGAGAUGCUGAGCCCCUGUGAGGCCAUAGCCAGCUGCUUUAAGGAACGAUACAAGACAUUUGCGACGGCCCUGGACACCACAAGGCAUGAACUGCCCGUGAGAUCGGUCCACCUGGACGGAGACGGGCAGUGCUUCUUAGACAAGUUGCAGGGGGAAUUGACGACCACAUGCCAUCUGCUGGGAGAACUUGGCAUCAGCAGCUCAGAAGAGAACACGAAGGCCUUGGACCUGCUGAGGGAACUCAAGGAAAUGACCCAAAAGAAGGAUCUGGAGCUCCAAAGGAGCUUUACCCAGGUUCUGGAACUCUCUGCCGAGGCGAGUAAAGAGGCAGCCUUAAUCAACCAGGAGGCCUGGGAAAAGGCCCAGGGCCCCAAGGCCACCAGCCAGUGGUAUUUCAAUCCUGAGGAGGCCACUGGUGGGGAAACUCAGGGAGAGCUAAGGAGCCUGCUCCUUUCGGGCCACGACGAGCCGUGA